UGGCAUCUCUGGUAAUUACUAACGUUAUGUAAGUGCCUUCCACGGAGCUGGAGCGCGAACUGUCAAUUUGGAUAAGAUCUGACUGUUUUACAACUCCUGCACAUCAAGUGUGAUGGGGAUACCAUGCGGACUGCGCAGUACGGUGUUAUUGGUCUGCGCAUGCGCAUGGCUAGUGGGGGUGUGCGCCCUGGAGAACGGGCUGGCGCGGACACCCCCCAUGGGUUGGCUGGCCUGGGAGCGGUUCCGGUGCAACACCGACUGCAAGAAUGACCCCGACAACUGCAUCAGUGACCGGCUGUUCCGUACAAUGGCUGACCUGGUAGUAUCGGAGGGCUACGCUGCUGCAGGUUACCAAUACAUCAACGUGGACGACUGUUGGUUGGACCGACAGAGAGCGUACUCUGGCCACCUCCAGCCUGACCCUGAGAGGUUCCCCUUUGGCAUGAAGGACCUUUCAGCAUAUAUUCAUUCGAAAGGUCUAAAAUUUGGCAUCUAUGAAGAUUAUGGAAACUUCACGUGUGCGGGGUACCCGGGAGUAUUGGGCUCCCUGGAACUCGAUGCCUUUACAUUCGCUGAGUGGGACGUUGACUACGUGAAGUUGGAUGGCUGCUAUUCCCACCCCCGUGAAAUGGAUAGAGGCUACCCGGAGUUUGGGUACCAUCUGAACCGGACAGGAAGGCAGAUGGUCUACUCCUGCAGCUGGCCUGUUUACCAAAUUUAUGCAGGCAUGCAGCCCAACUUCAGUGCCAUCAUCCAUCACUGUAAUCUGUGGCGCAACUUUGAUGACAUCCAGGACUCAUGGGCCAGCUUGGAGAGCAUCAUUGACUACUAUGGCAACAACCAGGAUAACAUCGUGCCUAAUGCUGGUCCUGGACACUGGAAUGAUCCGGAUAUGCUGAUCAUUGGCAACUUCGGUCUAUCAUACGAGCAGAGCAAGACUCAGAUGGCAUUGUGGGCAAUCCUAGCGGCACCGCUGCUCAUGUCUGUGGAUCUACGGACCAUUCGGCCGGAGUACAAGGCCAUCCUACAGAAUCGCAAGAUCAUAGCUGUGGAUCAGGAUCCCAUGGGCAUCCAAGGCCGCCGGAUAUACAAGCACAAAGGCAUUGAAAUCUGGGCCCGACCGAUCACACCUCUCUACCAGAACUAUUUCUCGUAUGCCAUCGCAUUUCUCAACAGACGAACAGACGGGACCCCCUCCGAUGUGGCAGUAACUCUGGCAGAGAUGGGGUUGGUGGCCCCUGGCGGCUACAGAAUACAGGACUUAUAUGAAGAUGUUGAUUAUGGAGUGCUGAGUCCUCAAACAAAGAUCAAAGUUAAAGUGAAUCCUUCAGGAGUGGUAAUACUGAGGGCAGAUGUCCAGCCCAUCUACCGACAGACGACGCCAUUCAAUCCUUACCGCAGUGUGUUCGCAGUUCCCACCAGAGUGCCCAACACCUUCAAGUAGUCUUGUUCUACUUUAGUCAUAAUGGAUCUAGAUCUCCAUAUCAAGGAAACAACAACGAAGACAACAAAAAUAGGCUGUGAAUUCUCCAUUCUUCCAGGCACAGUUUUAUAUCGAACAAGUCAGUUGAUAUAAAGUAUUAAAAACAUUAGCUUGAUUACUUCUUCCUGAAAUCACUGGAAGAUAAGUUUAUUUUAAGUUAUCAAACUAUAGAGUCAAUGAAGAGUGCAUAAAGCGUUUAGCAGCUGAGUUGUCAUUUCAAAAAGACAAGACAUUUAUUGUUACAAUAAAAUUUGACUUGACAACUUUAGCACAAAAGCAAGGUUUUACUUGUUUUAUUAAUAUUUAGAUUUUUAAUCCGCCAAAACAGUAACAUUUUUAAGGAACAUUGUUUUUAUCUUUAAAUAAUUUUUUCGUAUCAAGAAACAAACGACCAAAUAUAGCUUUGUUUAUAAAAAGUAAAUUUUUUUAAAUAUAUAAUUAAUUAUGUUGAAACCAAUUUUAGGGGAGGUCAAGUACAUUGUGCUGACUAGCAAGAAUCUGGGUGUCAUAGAAUAGCCAUUAGAUCGUAAUGAUUCAAUGGUCUUAAGUUUUAAUUUUUUUUAACCAUCAGUUCUGUCUUAUUUUAAAACUAAAAAACAUUUUUAAAAGUUAAUUUAAAAUUCCAUCUUUGUUACCCUGUCUGGUUAUACCCCUGAAAAUGUGUGUAAAUUUAUAAAAUUCAAUUAGUAAUCUGUGCUUAAAUAUUAUACUGGUACAAAAAACUGUGGCUACAUUUAUUUCAGUUGUAUUGAAGUUUUUAUUAAGCGAUUAUUCAAAACGAUAAUAUGUAUUUAUUAUUACUGAAAUAAAUUUAUGUUCUAGAGAAAUUUAAAUGAAUAAUGACACUUAGUUGAUAACAGACCACAACCUAUUAUAUCACUAGUUAAAUAAAAAAAAAAACAGGUUGUCGUACAUUGUGUUUUAGAUACAUUCAGUUGCUUUAAGCUUGUAAAGCAAAACUGUGAUACUCACAAUUACAAGAGUAAUUAUUUUUAUAAUAUGUCUUUUUUUACAAGAAAAUUCUUCAUAGCGUAUGAGGGCAAUGAUAGUUAAUUUUAACAAAUUCUUUGUAAGCACAAUUGAAUUGUUUCAAUUUGUCCGACUUGUAUCGUUCAGAUUAAAUAUAAUUCUUUUUUACAUCUAACGUACAUUUUUCUUUUCAGUAUUAAUUAGCAUUUAAAAUACAAAGUAGGUAGGCAACAAGUGACCAGUAAAGUAUGUUAAUGUUAAUAUGUUUAUAACAUGAGAUACAGCAUCUUGCCUUGGAAAAUGUAUAACAAUGUGUGUGGCCAACUAUGUUAUAAUAAUUCUUUAUGAUGUUUAAAAAUAAGUAUUAAAUGAAUAAAAGAUCAGAAUAAGGAAUACAUGUAACAGAAUUUUAUGUUAUACAUACUUAGAAAGUAUUUUUGUUACAAAAAUAGUUUUAGUGAUAGUAUUUACAUUAUUUAUUAGGAAAAUUGAAUCAAUUAUUGUUACUUAUAGCAUUUUCCCUAGAAGAUAAUCUUUUCAUGAAAGCUUUUAAAUUGAUUUAUUUUGUAGCUCAUUUCGUAUGGAAUGACUAUUUUUAAUUUAGUCCGAUGUAGUGAAUUAAGAAAAACAUUUUAUCUAAAUAAUUGGAAUCUGAUUUUAAAAUAUAGAUUUUUAUAUUAACUGUAAAUAUUUAUAGUAAAAAUUAGUACAA